ACGGCGAUUGGAUUUCAAGGCGGGAAUGGUUGCCGGGAACGGAAGGUGAUACGUGUAAACUGGAUAGGGAUAUUCGCCCCCUCUUUCACUAUGGACAUCGUACUGGAAACUGAGAUCGUCGUCUUCUAUGCAUACCCGCUCUCGUCCUCCCUCUCGAUCUCCUCCUCCUCCUUUUCCGAUUCGGCUUCGCCGGAUUGAUUGAAGAGUCAUUAGGAUUCACGAUCCCCUUCGCCCCCUCUCCCCUCCCGAUCCAGGUUGGCAGAUCGAUCGGGGAGAGGAGAUGGCGUCGCCGAAGAAUGAGGGGAUCUUGACGGAGGAGCAGAGGGGACACCGAGAAUAGCCGCGCAGAACGCGGAGUUACCCUCCUCGUCACCCAGAUCGUCCGGCGAGAUGGGGAUCCACGAUUUCCAAGCGAAGGGCGGGGGAGGGAGGAGGAAUCUGGCCGCUGGUCUGUGGCACAUGCAGCGCACGCAUUCGGGGGAGCUUGUGCAAGUGAAGAAGGAUGGAGCUGGUGGGAAAGGAACUUGGUGCAAGCUUUUGGAUUCUGGGCCUGAUUCACGCAUUGACUCGAAUGGUCCUAGUUAUGACAGUGGUGAAGGGCCAUAUCAGCUAGAAGGUGCCACUGUUUUUAACCCUGCACAUGAGUCACAUGACUAUAAGAAAUUUAUAGCAACAAUCAUUGAAGAGUACUUCAGCGAUUGUGAUGUAGAAUUAGCUACUACAGAACUUAGGGUCCUUGAUUCUGAUGAGUACCAUCAUUUGUUUGUUAAGAAACUUGUUUCUAUGGCAAUGGACCGGCAUGACAAGGAGAAAGAGAUGGCAUCUGGGUUCUGUUAUCCGCUUUGUAUGCCAAUGUGA